AUGGAAAAAUUAACAGAUAUACAAAAAGAAAUAGCAGGAAAACGUCCGCUUAUUUCACUAAAAGUGUGUCAACAAAAAUCUAAGAGGGAUGGAUUCUAUAGUGGUGUUUGUGGAGGAAUAUUGACAGGCAUUCUGUCAAAUAGAGUUCUAAAACUAUCACCAAACAAAGUUGUAAUAUCAGUAUUGUCUUCUUCGGUUUUGAUAGGAUAUAUGGCUAGUUAUAAAUCAUUCAGUACGUGUAUGGCAGAUGUACGACUUAAGCAAGAACUACAAAAACAAGAUACUGCGCUGCGAAAAGAGAAUACAGAGAGAAUGUCAGACGAAGUUUCAAGGCAUCAACCCCAAGAGAGCGUCUUUACAGAUCCUUACAAUGCUGACGAUAGCAAAUCUGGAUCCAAGGAUUAA